UCCCCGCCCAUCGGAGAGACCCCCAAGUGAUUGCUCACUCACUCUUACUUGCUUAUACUCUUUAGAUCGGCGACUGCUAGCUCUCGCCACGCUUACUCACCACCACGCGGCGAUACUACUAGCACGCUGCUAGCGGAUUAUUAUACACGCUAAUGCGAACCUCGGACAACCGGACAAACAUUAACAGGAGGAGGACCAUAACGCCCUGCAACCGCCGGCCCGCCAGUCAGGACCCGACUGUCCUCACGAAGGCACCUUCUCCACACUAAAGGUCCACUUCUGCCAACAUUCCUCCAGUUCAACACUCGCCGCUCGACUUCCUCAGCUGUUUCAUCUGCUUCACUAAACCCUGGAUUCAGUGAUCAGUGCCCAAACUUUCGUAUCAUCCUCAGUGACAAUCUCCAUAUUCCCCAGUGAUUUUCACCCCCUCGAUUUUUAUCAAACUCAUCAGUGACAUUCUGCAAACACCUAUUAGUGACAAUACCGCACUACCGAAAGAUUAUUCCGAUUCGAUUAUCGAGAACAGUGACAAAAGUGACGAUUACACUUCAGGACUUUUGGAACUACCUUGGACCUUUAAAGUUCCUAACUACGUUAAUUCUUUAAGUUAGUUCAUUAACCAUUAAAUCCUUGAAUUCAGAAGAAUGAACUAGAGUGCUUCUUUUUGGAAUCGACAACUAAUCACAUCAAUCAGAAAAUUAAAAUUGGAUCAACACUCGAACCUGUUCCUCAAGUCAGUUUUUCCAAAAAAAACAACUUCGAACUUCCGCUAAAGUUCAAAUUUUCGAAUUUAAACACUGAAACAUUGAAACUUGUCAAAGAUUUAAAACUUUCAAGUAAAUAUAUCAUGUUCGAGAAGAGAAGCUUUUCCUCCCAAGAAUAUUGAAAGACUAAUCAAUUACUCACCAAUAAGAGAAAAAUCUGAAGUGAAAACUUUGAAACUCUUGAAACAUCUCUAUAGUAAAUUCGAUAUACUUUUCCCGAAAACAAACUCAAAGAUUCGAAAAUCAGAAUCGAACAAAAAUUAUCCUUAAAAAGCAACAAUUCACCACUGUUAUUGACAAUGACAUAAGAAAUAUCAAUAAACUAAAAACCGUUUGAGAGUAAAGCAUAAUCACGAUUCGUGUACACGUGCUCUUGGGUGAUCUUUAAAAAAAAUGAUGCUGACAAGGACGUUACGAGUCAUCUUUGAUUAAUUUGGAUAUUAAGUGUGUUAACAGUGAUCAUAUUUGUUAGUGAAUAAUACCAAAAGGAACAAAAAAAUAAUAAUUGUUUUCUGUGUUAAACCCUAACUAUUCUUGUUGUUUUCAUUCUACCUGCACUUUCCCCUAAAAGAAAAAAAUUAAAAAACGUGACAGUGAUUGCUCAUCAUAAUUGCUCACGGAUCGUGGAAUGAUAAACAAGGUGACCACAUCGAGUGGACCAAGGUCGUGGGCGACAGAGACAGUGUGAUGAGCGGAUACUUCGGCAGAAGCACCCUGUCCCCUCUGCUGCACGACCCCAAAUACCCACCAGCCAUGCGGGAGAAAGACUCCAGUCCAAGAAAAAUGCCCGGACACACGAGUCCGAAACAAGCGAGCAUUUAUCCAUUGAGCGUUCGUGUCUCGGACGUGGAAGAGUUGCCAUACGACCUAAGCCAUGGCCAAAGUCGAGCAAGUCCCACUCUCAAUCAACAGCCCCACAUGAGUCCGGCAGCGAGACCUCCACUACCCCAUCAGCACGAGCUCGACUCCGAGCCACUUGAUCUUCGCGUCGAUCAUAAAAAGGAGAGAAUACGAGACGAGAACCAAAAUGAAGUCGAGGUCAUGAAUCAAAAUAGCCUCGGUCUUCCCUAUCAUACCGUUCUCUUUCCCCAGCAUCACGCCGUUCAUCCCCUCGUUCUAGAGGCCAUGUACAGAUCUCAUCAUCAUUCAACGCCAGAUCUACCGAAAAUUCAAGUUCGCGCCCUACCAACAAUGGUCCCCCUGCCACCAAAUCGAUUUUCCACAGUCACUUCCGGUAGUACGUCCCAAGCACCAGCAAGGGCACCGAGUCCACCCCAAGUGCCGCAGCAAACAACACCACAGCAACAACAACAACAACCAGCACCUCCACCACAACAAAGUUCCACCCUACCGCCAUACACAAUGGCCGUCUCCACGGGUCUCAAGCCCAAGGAUCGAUACUCAUGUAAAUUUUGCGGCAAGGUCUUUCCAAGAUCCGCCAAUCUCACGCGACAUCUCAGGACCCACACCGGUGAACAGCCAUACAAGUGUAAAUACUGCGAGAGGUCAUUCAGCAUCUCCAGUAAUUUACAACGUCACGUGAGGAACAUACACAACAAGGAAAAACCAUUCAAAUGUCCCCUCUGCGAACGAUGCUUCGGCCAACAGACAAAUCUCGAUCGCCAUCUCAAGAAGCACGACGCCGAUGGACCAACGAUACUCGACGAAGUGAGAUCGAGGUACCAUGGACAAUUGCCAAGAACUGAUGACUCAUAUUUCGAGGAGAUAAGAAGUUUCAUGGGUAAAAUAACAUCCCAACGUCAGGGAAUUCCCUAUUUUCCAAGUCUCCUGGGACCAAGUGGCGAGGAUUUCCGCAAUGAUAAACAACAAUUGCAAAUGGAAGAAAAAAGAGGCGACUCCUCCUAUUUUAGUGAUAGGGACAAUUUAAGCUCAAGGUCGAGUAGCAGCGCAAGCAGACCCGAAAGCGUUCACGAGGAGCAAAGGGAGACCACCUCACCGCCCCUAUCUCCCGGAAAUAAUACCUGAUCAUCCCUCAAAAAAAGUCACACGAAGUUAUCGAUUAUUGGAAAUGAAUGGUUGUGAUGAUAUCAAUUAAUUUCAAUUGAUUCAUGGUGAUGAAAUUUAACCUCAAUUUAGGCAUUUAAUGCCCUUGCCCCUAAACAUAGUUUGCCGUUUUCAGCAAAUGAAAAAUCAAUUAAACAAAUUGGAUCGUUUACCCAAAAGCAAUGAGUGAUAAAUUAUGUAAAUUAAUAAUAAGAAAAUUAAUGUACAAUUGGAUACAAAGAGUAAAACAAAGAGUUAAACAAAGAGUAAGACAGAGUAAUAAGGACAAUAAAAAAAAGGAAUGAAAAAAUCACUGAUAAUGGAAGUCAUGAAUAAACGGAAAAUUUAUCGGUAUUUUAAAUCUUCAUGUUAAAAGAUUAAUGGUACGAAAGAAAUUAAUCGGUGAUAUGAAAUGGAUAUUAGGAGAUGAGAGAGGAUACAACAGAACUGUUCAUAAAGAUUCAGUAAACAAUUUUGUAACCAAUUUUGUAAAGAAGAAAAUGUACAAGAUCCAGUCAUCAAAUAAGUGAUAAAAAUUUUGAUGUAGAAAAAUUAACGGAUGAUAUUGAUCUGGCUGUGCAAUUUAUAGAUGUCGAGAAUAAUAAGAUGAUGUGCAAAAAUUAAGGAGUGUGCCCACCACAACAAAAAUGUUGAUACUGAUUCAGAAAGAGUAGAAGGUCUAGAUGUGCAAUUUUGUGGAUCAUGAAGAUUUUGAGAUCAUGAACUAAAUGAUAAAAAUUGGCUACAAAUUCAGAACCAAUUUUACGGAUCAUGAAGAUCUUGAGAUCAAGAAGUAAAUCAUAAACAUUAGCUACAAAUUCAGAACCAUUUUUCUGAAUCAUGAAGAUGAUUCACAGCAUCAUGAUGACAUCAACUAACUGAUAAGAAUUGUGUACAAAACAGAACGAAUUUUGUGGAUCAUGAAAAUCUUGACGUCAUCAACUAAAUAAAAAAAUGAUGCACAGAAAUAAACCAAUUUUGUGGAACAUAAAGACCUUGACAUCAUCAACUUGGUCUACCAACAAGAACCAAUUUUAUGGAUCAUGAAGAUGUUGACAAAAAUUAAUGGACAAUAAAAAUACUGGAUUGAAAACAAGGAAAGAUCUUCAAGAACAGAAGUUAAUGGACAAUAAAAACACCGAAUUCAAAACUAGGAAAGAUCUUCAAGAACAAAAAAUUAAUAGAUGCUAAAAAUACUGGAUCAAAGUAAAAAAAAAACGUGAAUGAACAAUAAUUUCUGAAAGGCAGUACUUGAAAGCAGUUCCGCAAUACUUUUCUGAUGAAACAACUACGGAUUAAGAAGAAUCAUCUAGAUCAUGAAUGUAACAACUAACAGAUCAAUUCAUUAAUUAGGAAUAAUAAUGAAAACGUAAAUAAUGAAAGCCAACGACUGUUAAAAAUGUCAGACACACAGCGACAGAAAAAGAAACCAACAUAAUUAAACCAAUACACCGAAUUGCACCCAAACUGCAAUCAACAACAAUCUGCAAAAUUAAUACCAUUCGAUUAAAGAACAUCUGCAAGAAAUUGAUCGAAAUCAAAAAUUCUUAAAAUUUCCUACCCACAACGACAAAAAAAAAUCAAUACAUCCGAUUUCACCCAAAACAUAUCACCCCAAUCUGUAGUCAACUGUAAUUGCACCAACUUGUAAAAUCAAUACGAUCCGAUUACAGAACAGCAAGAAGUUUCAAGAAAAAAAAUUGAUCAACAUCAACAAACGAAUUGAAAUCCAUUUCUUUCAAUUCUCCAAAAAGACACCAAAUUAAUAUCAAACCAUUAAUGAUCAAAGAAAAUUUAUUGUAAAUGAUGUUAAACGAUUGAUGACAACAAUUUCCGAUGCAAGAAUAAUAUUUGGAUGUAGCAACAACUAAUGAAGAUGUUUAAAUAAAGUGAAAUAUAUAUUUUUGAGUGGAGAAGGGAAUUCAAGACUAAUACGAGGUGCUCCAAGGCCGGAAGUUUGGUGAAAGGUGGUGCCAGAGAUACCUUUUGAAGGCUGUACCUGUUUUUUUUUUAAGAAGACGAAGAAGAAGAGGAAGUGCGAUAAAUAGCAGUUUCUGCCAUUUUUGAAAGCGAUUAUUGUUUAGACAUAUUCGCUGACCGAUUAGAUUAGGUAGAUGAUAAUCCUUUUCUUUAUAUUUGAAUCGAGUGAUGAUAAAAUCAUACAUACAAUAAUCCAAUCAGCAUGAAGCUCCUCGUCACAAUCAGAAAAUUCUUUCAUUUUUCUCAAUUAAAUAUCUUACAUUUUUUUCAUUCUUUCUUUGGGUAACUGUAUCAAUUACUGCGGUAAUUAUAAUAUCGUUCUACUUGCAAAUAUUUUCUGCUCAAAAAGCACAGUAACUAAAACACCCGCAGCAAUUGAUGCACUUCCCCAUUUUUUCGCUCAACAUUCAGUUUUUCUGCAGAUAUCAAAUUGAGCCAAAAAAACGUAUCAAAAUGUUGCUUCGCAACACUUUUGAUAUUUUCUUUGUCUCAAUUUUUUUAUAU